AUGGCGCCACAUGCAGAGGAUGACUUCCUUUCCGGCACAGUGUCCGCGAAGCAAGCACUUCCCUAUGUCCCGCCCCUCUAUCGCAAUCUCGAUUUGCAAGCAUACGAAGAUGCUGCGACCGAAUACCUUGCCUGGAUUGGCAUUCCAUUCCACGAAGGAAUCAUAACGGGCUCCAAAGGGCUCUACUGCUAUACAGCCGAUGGCCGCAAGAUCCUGGACUGGACAUCUGGCCAAAUGUCUUGCCUCAUCGGCCAUGGGAAUCCAGAGAUCGUUAGUGUCAUUAACGAACACGCGGUCCACCUCGACCAUCUUUUCAGCGGCAUGAUUUCCCCUCCAGUCAUCAGCUUAGCGCAGCGUCUCGCCAGCGUUCUACCCAAGCCCCUCUCCAAAACACUCUUCCUGUCGACCGGAGGAGAGUCGAACGAAGCGGCAAUUAAAAUGGCAAAGAUAUACACGGGAAAGUUCGAGAUUGUUGGACUUGGUGGGUCAUGGCACGGGUUGACGGCUCAAGCACUGUCAUCGCAAUACUUUCACGGCCGUCGCGGGCAAGGCCCUCUAGUGCCUGGAGCACAUCAGCUACCUUCCCCGAACGCUUAUCGAUCAAUUUUCCGGAACCCUGACGGUAGCUACGACUGGGAGACCGAAUUAAACUAUGGAUGGGAGAUGAUCGACAGAGCCUCGUGUGGCUCUCUCGCGGCGUGCAUUGUUGAAUGCAUUCAGUCUGCUGGAGGGAUGCAUGUUUUACCGCCUGGAUAUCUGGCUGCAUUGAAAAAGCAUUGCGAGAAGCGAAACAUGUUACUUAUUAUCGACGAGGCGCAGACCGGACUGGGUCGCACGGGUGAUAUGUUUGCUUUCAAUCAUGAAGGCGUGGUUCCAGAUAUCCUAACCCUGAGCAAGACUCUUGGGAAUGGAAUUCCGCUCAGUGCGGUAGUGACCUCUCCGGAGAUCGACAGGGUGUGCAGAGAGCGAGAUUUUAUCUUCGUCACUACACACGUGAACGAUCCGCUGCCUGCCGCCGUUGGUGAUAAAGUUCUUGAAAUUGUGCUCCGGGAUAACUUGGUGGAAAACUCUCGCGUCAUGGGUCUCCAUCUCCAGGAGGGACUGAAGAAGUUGCAAUCACGGUACGGCUGCGUCGGUGACAUUCGUGGCCGAGGGUUAAUGGCUGGAAUGGAGAUUGUGGGUGACCCAACCACCAAAGCACCAUCAGCAGAGCUAUCGCAGGCGCUGGCAAACAAGGUCUACGGGCUGGGGCUGUGGGCCAACCUCAGCAGUCAACCUAUUUCCGGAGGAGCGUUUAGAAUUGCACCCCCGAUCACAACCACGCGAGAACAGAUUGAUGAGGGCUUAGAGAUUCUGGAGAAGGCACUUGCGGCGACCGAGGGCUCUCUGCCUCUGUACUGA